AUGGAGGUCGCUACUGAACUGUUCCCUAACGGCGCGUGGGAUGUGCACCACCACAUCUUCGACCCUGCGCGAUUCGCAUACUCUCCCAACCGCCACCUGACGCCCCCUCCGGCAACCAUCGACCAGUUCGUUGCAUUCAAAAAAACACUCGGCAUCACCAAAUCAGUCCUCACCCACGGUCUAUCGUAUGGCUCUGACUGCUCGUCACUUCGGGGAUUCGUGGCCGACCUAGGCACGAACGAUACCAAGGCAAUCGGGGUGAUUGACCCGCAAACAGUAACUGCAGGGGAAUUGCAAGACAUGCGCCGUGCUGGCAUCUGCGGCAUCCGCGUGAACCUGUAUCAGUAUAAAGCAAUGCACGACGUGGAAUUGCAAAUGGCUGCAUUGCGCGCCCAUGCGAGUGCGAUUCGUGACCGCUGCCCUGACUGGAGCAUGGCCUUCACGCAUACCCAUCCUGAGUUCUGGGUGGAGUUGAAGCCGUUCCUUGAGAGGGAGAUUAUUCCCAUUGGGAUCCGAAUAGUCACAGAUCAUUUCGCCCUGCUGAAAGGUGCCAGUAUGCUGUCCGGACAGGGCGAGGUCAUCGAGCAGCCUGGGUUCCGGGAGAUCAUUGGGCUUAUUAGAUCUGGACAUCUAUACGUCAAGAUUAGCGCUCCGUAUCGAGUCAGUAACCAGGCCCCGGCAUACGAGGACUUGAAGCCCCUUGUCCGGGCGUUCUUUGAUGUAAACCCGCGGCAGAUUGUUUGGGGGAGUGACUGGCCGCAUACACCGCACAUGAAGGUCCGCACGCCGGAGGAGGCUUUAACGGAGACUCCGUACCUGAAUAUUGACGACCUGGCCUGGUUGCGGAGCCUUCGUUCAUGGCUGUCGGACGAGGAGUGGAAUGCUCUCAUGGUGAAUAAUCCAGCGGCCCUAUACAAUUAA